UAUCGCUUUAUUUAUUAAAUAAAAAGGAGAGAUGGAAUCAGGAUUGUAGGAGUUCUCUCUGUCUGCUGCAUUUCUCUUCCGACUCAAAUUCUUGGUUCAGGAGGAGGAACAAAAGUUUCUCCCUAACAAUUUUGGUGUGUGUGGCUAUGGUUCAUCUACGAUAAGGACCUCAAUCGCAAUCUCCUCGUUUUCUUCUUCUUCUUCCUCCAUUUUUCUUUUCAAAUCUGACCGACAGAGUGAGCAAAAAUGAUGAUCAGGGAUUUGGUGCUGUUUAUGCUUCUUGUUACUGUCAUUGCUCCGAUUUUGCUUCACACUUAUCGUCUUGGAUCCUUCAAUUUCUCCUCCUCCAGAGAUGAAUUUCUGGAAGAUUUCUCAAGCUUUACUCUAAGCAGUCAUUCUGAACAUUUGAAUAUACUUCCUCAUGAAUCCUCUAGGAUUCUUAAAGAACCCGUUGGAACUGUGUACUCUAACAAUACAGCUCAUCCAGAACCGGAUGCGUCUGCUGUGGAGCAGAAUUCAACCGACGUCCAAGGCUCAGCACAUGAUUUGCAAUUACCGGAAUCGCGGGAGCAUAAGUCUACUCGUGCACUUUCCACCACGAAUGAGAACGUUAGUUCGAUUGGAGAGAAUCACAUCAGGCAGAUCACCGACCCACUGAGGCAGCUGAAUCUCAGCAAGGGCAUUCCGGUACAAUCGGGCACUGAGCGUGUGAAGGAAAGAAAGCGUGUUCAACAAUCCAUCCAAUCCACUGACAAGGUUCGCAAGGCAAGAGAAUCAUCUAAAUCAGAAAACGAUGAUGAGGAAGCUGCUGCACCAAAUACAAGGGUUCAGUAUCUUAAAGAUCAACUUGUCCAGGCAAAAGUGUAUCUUUCCCUUUCAGCCACAAGGAAUAAUGUUCAUUUUAUUAGACAAUUACGUCAACGGAUGAAAGAGAUCCAACGCAUUUUAGGGCGUGCAAACAAAGACUCCGAGCUGCCCAGGGAUGCCCAAGAGAAGUUAAGGGCAAUGGAUCAAAUAUUGACCAGAGGAAAACAGAUUCAGGAUAACUGUGCUUUGAUAAUCAAAAAGGUUCGGGCUAUGCUCCAGUCAACGGAGGAUCAGCUGCGAGUGCACAAGAAGCAAGCACUGUUCUUGUCACAAUUAACGGCAAAAACACUUCCCAAGGGCCUUCACUGUCUUCCCUUACGCCUGACGACUGAAUAUUACAGCUUGAAUUAUUCUAAGCAGCCGUUUCCCAAUCAAGAAAAACUAGAAGACUCCAGUCUGUAUCAUUAUGCAUUAUUCUCAGAUAAUGUAUUGGCAGCAGCAGUUGUUGUAAAUUCAACCAUUGCUCAUGCGAAGGAUGCCUCGAAACAUGUUUUCCACAUUGUUACCGACCAGCUCAAUUACGCUGCAAUGAGGAUGUGGUUUCUUGUUAAUUUUCCUGGAAAAGCGACUAUUCAGGUCCAGAGUAUUGAAGAAUUCUCAUGGUUAAAUUCAAGCUACAGUCCAGUUCUCAAGCAGUUGGGUUCUCCAUCAGCAAAAAAUUAUUACUUCAAAUCUCAUAGAGCCCAUUCUGAUUCAAAUAUGAAGUUCCGGAACCCAAAGUAUUUAUCUAUCUUGAAUCACCUCCGAUUUUACUUGCCAGAGAUAUUCCCAAAACUGAAGAAGGUUCUGUUUUUGGAUGAUGACAUAGUUGUGCAGAAAGAUCUUACUGGCCUUUGGUCUCUUGAUCUGAAGGGGAAUGUAAAUGGGGCAGUGGAGACUUGUGGAGAAAGCUUUCAUCGUUUCGAUAAGUAUCUUAACUUUUCAAAUGAGCUCAUAUCGAAGAAUUUUGACCCUCGUGCUUGUGGUUGGGCAUAUGGAAUGAAUAUAUUUGAUUUGGAGGAAUGGAAGAGGCAGAACAUAACUGACAUAUACCACACAUGGCAGAAACUUAAUCACGACAGACAAUUGUGGAAGUUAGGAACCUUGCCCCCAGGUCUUAUAACAUUCUGGAAGCGCACGCAUCCUCUCGACCGAUCAUGGCACGUUCUAGGCCUCGGAUACAACCCUAGUGUCAACCAGAAGGAGAUCGAACGAGCUGCUGUUGUUCAUUACAACGGAAACAUGAAACCUUGGCUGGAGAUAGCCAUACCCAGGUACCGUAACUAUUGGAUGAAGUAUGUCGAUUUCGACCACGAGUACCUUAGACAGUGCAAUAUUAAUCCAUAACAAGACACCUCAACGCCUUCUCAUGGUUCCACCAAAGUCAUACAGUUAAACAGGUGCCAUUCUUUUCCCCAUCUCUUGUAAAUUAGUUUUUCUUAGGUCAAUUCUUUUGUAGAAAGAACGUUUUUCUUUUUCUUUUUUGCAUGAUUUUAUAUUGUGGGCGAGUGGGAUCCCGAAUUUACCUCAAUUUGUAAAUGAUUGAGAGUGUUUUGUUUUUCCUAAAAGUUUAUUCUGUGGUGGACAGCUUAAAGUAUUGUCAAAGUCUAUGUAACGUGUACAUUAAAUUUUGGUAAUAAGGAAUUAUUAUGUUUUAUUAUGCGA